GACACUGAGUUGCUGACGGAAAUGUCCUCGCUUACAAAAAGAAAAUAAACAAAUCAAAUUUUUGCAUAAAUUAUACAGCUUAAUAAUCAACCAAAUGAUGUUUAUAUUCUUUUAAUUGACUUCUAUUAUGAUAAUUUAGAUAUUGUAAUGAGUGAGAACAAAGCUAAUUAGUGAAAAUAAAAUGAUCAACAGAUAAUUAACUUGUUCAAUCAUGACUGGUCACGCAGUGGUUGUGUGGGAAUAUGAAAUUAGGUCAGGUUAUUGGAAGCCCUACAGCCCAGCAGUUAGUCAACACCUGGAAAGGGCUAAAGGAAAACAGUUAACUCGAGUAAUUUUAUCUGAUGCUGAUCCAACAUUACAAAAUUAUUUCAUUAAUCUCAGAACUUUAACCCAAGAACUAGAGGAUUCGGAUAUAGUGGUUCCAGUUAGACGAAAAUGCUAUUCACCCUCUUCUCCAGCUGGUAAAGGUGCAAGAUGGGAGUGUUCUGGCUCUGAACACAACCAAGAAUGGCAUCCUUUUGAUAUGGAUAUUCAGUGUCUUAUAGAAGACGCCUGGGCAAAGGGGAACCAAAUGUUAGAUAUGAGUAAAACACACUUGGGAUUUCCUUAUUUAAUUAAUUUUAGCAAUUUAACUCAAAGAUGGUUAACUAAUGGAUAUAUACGUAAUGUGAGAAGGAUAAAACAAGCUCCAUAUCCAUUAGUUAAAGUGAAACUUGAAGAAUUGGCACCAGUUGCAGGGCGAAGAUGCUCAAAUACAAGGAAUGCAUCAAAACCAAAUAAUUCUACACAGAGUCAAGGCACCAAAGUGAUAGGUAGUAGUGCAAUUUUAAAUCAAACAGAUAACAAUAAGAAAUCAACUAGUAAAAAAAAAUCAAAUACUAAAGUAAAAUCUGGAAAUGACAAUACUACAAAUUUAGCAAGACAAAUUCUAAAUAAUCUGAACAUAUUUGGACACAAAUCCAACACUACACCAAUAUUUCAAAAUACGGAAAACAAAACUUUAUUAGAUGCAGAUAGUAGCAGUACAAAAUCAGGAAGAAGGCCUAGCCUAGACACUGUCUCAACUUACUUGAGCCAAGAGAGUAGAGAAAGUCAAGCUACAGCUUCAACUGCAGAUUUAAUAAAUUGUAGUGGUAGUGAUGAUGGAGUAGUAGAAGAUUUACCUUCAAUAAUAGGUUUAGAUCCAGCAAGUGCUACAAUAUCCCGUUUUGUUAGAAUUUCAAAAUCAAGUGAAUGGGCACCUAGGCAACCUUGUCCGGUGUGUAGGCAGCCACUCAAACCUGAUGUAGUAGUGAUUGCUCUUCCUUGUAAUCAUGUAUUACAUCUCGAUUGCUUAAACUAUGCUUUAAGUGAGCAACAAGAAACAGGUUCACAUUUACAUAUUCAAUGUGCUGUUUGUGGAUGUAUAUAUGGAGAAAAACAUGGAAAUCAACCACAUGGAACAAUGGAAUGGAGGAGAGUAGAAAGAAGUUUACCUGGCCAUCCCAAUUGCAGGACAAUUCAGAUUAUUUAUAACAUCCAAUCUGGAAUUCAAGGUCCUGGACAUCCGAAUCCUGGCAGAGAGUAUUAUGCUGUGGGAUUUCCAAGAGUUGCUUACCUUCCUGAUAAUCCCAAAGGGAGAAAAGUUUUAAGGUUACUAAACACAGCUUGGCACCGAAAACUCAUUUUUACAGUAAGUAGGUCCCAUACCACUGGCUGUGAAGAUGUAGUAUCUUGGAACAUUCCCCAUAAGACUGAAAUUGGUCCGAAUACCAAUGGCCAUAGUUAUCCAGAUCCUGCUUAUAUUAAUAAUGUUAUAAGAGAAUUGGAGGCGUUAGGAGUUGUUGAGGAAGAAACUUAUAAAAGAUAACGUUUAUCUGAGUCAAGCUUCUUUUUGGUCAGUAGUUUAUGUGAGAUAUAAAAAGGUUAAUUUUGAAUAUGUUAUAUCACAAUAGGAAUUGAAGAUUUUAUAGGUAAAUCAUAUGCUCUUUGUAAUGUAUACAAAAAUUCACAGCCAUAUUAAUGACUGUGACAUUAAUGACUUAUUACAGGUUUCUAGUACAGUUUUGCUUAAUUACAAAAAUGUUCUGACAAUUAAAAAGGUUGGUUUCUAUUAUUUGCUAUUCAUAUUUAUGAAGUAAAGAACUUUAAAAAAGUCUUGAAGGCUGAUUAAUAACUAUAUUUUAUGUAUGAAAAAAUUGAACCCGAAUAUAUUUUAAUAAGAUGUAUUUUGUAUAUUUGUAAAGCAUUUAUACGAUUAGUAGUUAGUUAGGUAUUUAGUCAAACAUAUUUUAUUGAGAUAAUAAUUGACACUAUGAAGAACAUUUUGAUUAAAUUGAAAUGAAUUAAUUCAUAGAUAUCAAUUUGGUUAUUUCAGCUGGAGAUUAGGCAUUAUUUUCUCAUUGAACUGUAGAAAAUUAGAUCUGUUCCUUUUAAUGCAAUAAUCAAACAUUAAGCAUCUUAUGCCAAAUACAGAAACAAAUUUUAUGUAUACUAUAUGAAAAUUUAAAAAAACUCACUGGUAGAUUAUUGAUACAAUUAAUAUGAUUUCCGACAUUGUUCUUUUAAUAUUUUUUUUGUUCCUACUUCUUAGACUUUUAUAUAUAUUUCGUGAUGAUUUGUCAAAUAAGUGUUAAAUCAGACAGCAAGUCCAAAAUAUGCCUAGUAAGAGGUGUGCAUUUAUUUUUCACAAAAUUGCGAUCUCAAACUAUCUAAGAACUGCAAGAACAGGUCAGUUAUUGCAUUCUCUUAAUAUCAAUUUGCAAAAUCUCAAAAAUUUUCUAGUCGCGAGAGACAUAUUUUUAACAAGAUUUUUUAGUACUUGAUAAGUUUCAGCUUAAUAUCGAAUUAUGAAGGGAUUUUUUUCUUUGCUCUCAACUAACUGUAAUAAGAAUAUAAUUUUAGAUCUUUGAGUGUUUACAAAAGGCCAAUAUUUUUUGUGACUAAGUAAAUUGAAAACAGAUUUAAUUUAGCUUUGAAUCUAUUUAUUACAGUCAACAUAGUCAGAAGUACACAUUAUUUGUCCAAUAAUUUUAAGACAAAAAAGGCAGAAUAACUCAACCAGAAUGUAUUCAUCAGCAAUCAAUAAAUCACUUUCCAAAGGUAAUGCCUCAUUUUGCUCAAAAAAAAUCUUUCUGAAAUUGAAAAAAUGUUUCAAUAUUUUGUUACUUGAAAACCACAGUACAUUUAAAAUUCUCUAUAAUCAUUGGUUUCUUUAAAUAAAAUGUUGAAAUUAAGCUUUAAAUAUAUGUAAUGUAUGCAAUGUACUCAGUUGGAUCUAUAAUAUCAUUCAAUUUCAUGGCUUUUGCUCAAGGCUUGCAAUGGAUAAAUCCAAUGAUAUAAAGAUAGUUUUUGAUAAAAAAAAUUUUGAAAUACUAUUAAUUCGUUUCUAUUCAUUGUAAGUGCACCAACGACAUAUCAUUUUGCCUCUUCGAAAACCUAUUAUAGUCCUGUCAUCUUAGGCCAAAUUAGGUGAAUAAUUCGGAAAAUCGACAUACCCAAUGUAUUACCAUAUAAAAAUUUGUAUUUUGGCAUCUGAAAACUAUUCUCAAAAUUCAUAUAUAAUUGGAUGGUCCCAAGUUUUGAAAUCAAGUCAUUUUUUACAAAUAUUUCGUUUUCUACAGGUUUUAUGCUAUUUGUAUUUAUUAUCAAUAUUGUAGAGAAUUCAAUUCUCUACAACUUUUAUACUAACGCAUACAUUAAUAUCAAUUAAUAAUAAGGUUUAGCCAAUCAAAGCUUGUGGAACGUUUAAGUUCCUCCCUAUCGAUCGGUCGAGAGAGCCAUGAAAGUAUUUAGCUGCUGCCGAAUUUUUGAACUUAUUUAAAAUCCGUAAACUUACUGCAGCAUCUGAAGAAGAAAACUGUCCAGUUCAUAGAUAAUUUAAGAGUGAAAUGCAAACCUUAUCAGUAGUUCAUAACGCUCCAAAUCAGUGGAUAGUAUCGAUCAUCUCCGAUAUGUACUAUCUGUCAAGUCCACAAAUCUAACCAAUAAACCUGUGCAGUUAUCAAAUAUUCCACCAACGAGUGGAGCAGCUCCAGGAAUGGGAUUGGACAAUGCGUAACGAAUUCCUGGAACCUAUGACUAUAUUCUGUAACUGCAAAAGUGGCUGUGUCUCAAGAUGUGGGUGCAGAAAAGCGGGGUUCAGUGCUCUUUACUUUGUGGCAAGUGUAAUUGACAAGCUUGUCUCAAUGCUGUACCAUAUCAAACCGAUAUUAAUGAUAAUAGAAACUUUGACCCAGAAAUCAUGAAUGACUUGGAGACAAAGGUCGUUGAAGAGGAAAUUGAAAUUCUGCAGCAGAGGGACGAUUAUGAAAAAGAAGGAGAUGAAGAAAAAUUGAAUUAAAAUUAGAACUUGUUCUCGAAAUUUUUAUUAAUUUUGACAAUAAUAAAUCUAUAAAAUGACAUGUUGAAUUAAAACAUUAAUUUAAAAUUUAUUUCUUUUCUUAUUUAUAUAGAAAAUCAUUAGUAUAAAUAGAUUAGAAUUAAAAUAUAACAAAUAGUUUUAGGAUGCCACAAUACAAAUUUUUACGUGGUAAUAUACUGGGUAUGUCGAUUUUCCGCCUAUAAUGAGUGGAAUAUUAUAUCAAUGGGUAUGAAAAAUACAUUUCAUCCUUGUCUGUGUAUCUAGAUCACAAAAUUCUAGUAAAUCUUGCAAUGAAUUCUGAUUUUCGUCGAAAAAAUGCAUUCAAAUAAUCAACAAACAUCUACUCAUCAUUUUCUGUAGUCUGAGACAACAAGGAUGCAUUUUAAAGGAUGUAUUCAUUCAUUGUUGUAUCUAGUUAAUUUUUAGGAGAGCAAAUGUUGUUGCAUUUCAUAUUUUUCUUGUAUUUUUAUCCAAUUUUAUAUUAUUGUAAAUGUGCUUAUUCAGUAGUAACAUUUUCAUGUAUUUCCUUAGCGCAAAUUAUUUUUCUCAUCUUUCAUUUAUUGGUAUUAAUUAUUCUAAUGUCGGAAGAAUCGUCAUUCUGAAAAAAUGCCAUUCAAUUUGUAGUUUUAAAUCUAGAUUAGAAUAUGCAUGAAUCACUGGUUAAUAAAUUUUCACUUGUUCUAUUUAUAACUCUCUGAAAUACACUAAUGUAAAAGGUAUUUAAUAGUUCAGUCAGUCUCGAAAUUUUAUAUUAAUGCAAACUAAAUUCACGUUUGUAACAGUUUCAUAACUUUUGAAAAGUUGAAAUUUGGAAAAAAAUCUGUCCUAAUCUAGAAUUUGAAUUUUUUUAAUUCCCUUUGUCAGAGUAUUGGUAAAAGCAACUUCAACGUAAUAGUCACUUAAUUGGAGGGUGCUAGCAAAAAUAUAUAUCUUCAAAUAAUAAACAGCUAGUAAUAGGAGAAAAAUAUUGUAAUUUUAUUGUUAUGAAGGAAUACAUUGAGAUUAUUUUUUUAAAUAUGUAGGUCAAAAUACAGUACUUGCAUUUUUUAUUUUUAUUUAUAAGUUUUUGAUAUGAAAUAAUGUCAGAAAGUAAAAUAUUUAAUGAAAAACGAAAAAAUAAUAUUUAAAGAAUUGCAAAACGCGAAAAUUUCACAUCCUCAACUACAUAAGAAAACUAUUCUCAUUAGUUUUCAGUUGUGACGUCAUAGAUUUAAUUAUGAUUAAGAGGUUAUCGUUGCCGGCAACAUAGCGUGUGUUGUUAUAAUACAGUUUUUAUUUAUUAAUUACGUAUAAAUAAAACAUUUUUCUAUAUAUCAAGUAAAUAAAGUGAAUAAACCUUUUAUAGAUUAAGUUCUUAUAUUAUUACAUAAUGACGUUAAAAAUUAAAAACAUAAUAAACUUAAUUACUAUAAAAUAUUAAAAUAAGUUUAAUUCGAAUCUUACUUACAUUAAAAUAAUCCUGGCAACAAAAAUAAUUACAUCUCACAGGAAGAACAAACGCUUUCAAACCAUUUUUGUUGUAUAUUCGAAUUUCUUGGCAUCAUAAAAAAAACUUUAUCAGCUGUUUUGGUCGUGGGAUUUUUAUAGGAUUUAUAUACUAUUUUUCAGAUUAAUCAAAGUUUGAUAAUAACGCUUAUUUUAGAAUAAUCGAGAGAAUUUGCUUGUAUCAUAUGUUCAGUUUUCAUUUUAUACCUAUGAGGUUACACAAUUUGGCGGCCUUACUGAAAUAUUUAAACUACCUACAAAAUUUUUUGUCAAUUAAUAUUUGUCACAGAUUUUUAAAAAAUUAUAAUAAAAGUUGUGUAUAAACUAUCCAAAACUAUUUUUUUCUCUAAUCAUGCAAGUACCUUAUACUAUUGAAUUGCUAUAAGUUUUGAAGAAGCUUUACAUAAAUUACCUCCAAUAUUUUGAAAGAGAAACUGUUCAAACAUAUUGUUGCAAUUUUUUUUUAAUCGUGUGAUAUUAUUUUGCAAUAUUAUUUUGAUUUUAAAAUGUUUAUUUUAUUUUGUAGUCUACAAAUUCUCAUUAUUUGUAUUGUUUAUUAUUUCAUUAUUAUUGUUUUUAUGUAUAGAUAUACUAGCCAUAUAUACAGUAUUGUACCCUAAAUAAUUAACAUGUAAAAAAUUCUUUUUAACGAUACUCUUUUAGUACAAACUAUGUUGUAAGUAUGAGACUUUUAUGUUUCAUUCCAAAUGAAUAAAUUUAUGCCAAACA